GCGGGGCCUGUGCCCGCGCAGCUCGCACCGCGGUCCCCUUAUUUGGAUCUGCGGGAAUGUGGGCUGGAGCGGUCCUGCCGCGGUACCAGCCUCCAGCCUGUCGCCGGGACUGCCCCUGACCCAGGCGCGCCCGCUGCUCGGUGGCAGAAGGGCCGGCGGAGCGCCAUGGCCUGCAUCCUGAAGAAGGCCCCUGGAUUUUCACAUCUGCUUCUCCGUUCAGUCCGUUGCAGUAUGUUGUGUCGGUUGAAGUAGAUGACGAAAAUUCGGCCUUACCCAGAGAAAGUCUAUGAUCGCAGUGAGCUUCAUAGCAGCGUUCCUCUUCCUGCUGGUUGUGCGUCUUGUAAAUGAAGUGAAUUUCCCACUGCUGCUAAACUGCUUUGGACAGCCUGGCACAAAAUGGAUACCAUUCUCCUACACCUAUAGGCGGCCCCUUCGAACUCACUAUGGAUACAUAAAUGUGAGGACGCAAGAGCCUUUGCAACUGGACUGUGACCUUUGCACCAUAGUGUCAAACUCAGGUCAGAUGGUUGGCCAGAAGGUGGGGAAUGAGAUAGAUCAGUCAUCCUGCAUUUGGAGAAUGAACAAUGCCCCCACCAAGGGCUAUGAAGAAGAUGUUGGCCGCAUGACAAUGAUUCGAGUUGUGUCCCAUACCAGCGUUCCUCUUUUACUAAAAAACCCUGAUUAUUUUUUCAAGGAAGCAAAUGCUACUAUUUAUGUUAUUUGGGGUCCUUUCCGCAAUAUGAGGAAAGACGGCAAUGGCAUUGUGUACAACAUGCUGAAAAAGACUGUUGACAUCUACCCGAAUGCCCAAAUUUACGUGACCACAGAGAAGCGCAUGAGUUACUGUGAUGGCAUUUUUAAGAAGGAAACUGGGAAAGACCGAGUCCAGUCUGGCUCUUAUCUCAGCACAGGAUGGUUUACCUUCAUUCUGGCCAUGGACGCCUGUUAUGGCAUUCACGUCUACGGAAUGAUAAAUGACACCUACUGCAAGACAGAAGGCUAUAGAAAAGUCCCCUAUCAUUACUAUGAACAAGGAAGAGAUGAAUGUGAUGAAUAUUUUCUUCACGAACAUGCCCCCUAUGGGGGGCACAGGUUUAUCACUGAAAAGAAAGUGUUUGCUAAAUGGGCCAAGAAACACAGGAUAAUAUUCACACACCCGAACUGGACAGUGUCUUGAUGUUAGUUUUUCCUGAUCUCGCCACAACCCUUGACGUGAUCGUAACGCCACAACUGUGAUGCUAAUGAUGUCAGUGCUGGUGGUGGUGACGAUAAAGGAACAACGGUGAUCAGCUUCUGUACAUUCUCAGAUACGGAUGGUGACUCUGCCAGUAAUCUGAACUUGGGAUUUCAUGGAGGGUGGAUGUGCUCUUUACAUUCUUUCCGAAGGUUCAACAUUACAUACUGCACUUUAUAAUUUAACUGGAAUUGAAAUGAAGGCCAGUAACAUGACAGCAGUAACCUAAAAAAUGGGAAGAUUAUCCUUCAAGAUAGCUGCCCAGAAUUCUUGAACAGUGAGUAACUUUCAAAAGCCAUGGGAUUUGGCCUCGUGAGGCCAGGUUAUUGACUCUCUGGUCUCUUGAACUCGAGCAGCUCCAGCACCUUGAAGAAUGGUUGAUUGUCGAACACUGACCCAAGAAAUGCUGUCUGGGUACCAGUCUCGUACCACAGUUACUAGUUAGCCUAGAGGCGGGGAAGGAGUCAGACCGUGCUCCCAUAGUACCUCCUACAGCCAAAGCCUCAGGCCAUUUCCUAAUUAACAAUGAAGAUAGCAGGACAUCCUACUCCUCAGGAUUCUUCAACAAUUCAAACACUUACUUCAAAAUGGGCCAACUAGCAAAUCUGAAAGAAGUUUCACUCUCGCCACUCCAUUCUCACUCCCCCAAACAAUGUAACUAAACACGUCACUAGAGUGAUCUCUAUUACUGCUUAGUUAUGUUUGGCUGAGUCCACAAUAUUUCAGAAAGCUAUUUAACGUGUAAGAUACCAGCACUGUAAUAACAUAUACUGUGAAAGCAUUCUUAAAACAUAACCGAAAGGGUUUGCUAACUCUGCUUCAACAUCCACCAACACAAAAAUACACGCUUUUUAAAAUCAGGAAACAAGGAAAGCAAAGCAUAUUUUUACAUCGAUUUGUAUCCUGCCGUACUUCAUAAUAUAUAUUUGUAUAUUCAAAUUUCUACUUUAUAGGCUCAGAUGCAUCUCUCCAUACAUUACAUUAUCGUUGCCAAGUGCCAACUGUUAGACAUGGAGAGGAAAUGAUUCCUUGUAUUAAAUCUGACCAGAGCUUUUGCCUUCUUGGGGUUUAUUUUCCCCACAGUGUAUCAGUUGUUAUGCCAUAAUAACAACACUAAUAAUGACCUUAAUGUCCAAAGUGCUUUGUCAUUUAAAGUCCUUAUACUUAUGCUGUCCUAUGUGAUGCCUGUGACUACUCCACUGGGCUGUUGCCUGCAGCUUCUGACAUCUCCUUAGCAGAUGAUCUGUAAUUUGUUCAUUGCUUUGAUAUAUUCCAGAUCUUUCCCUCUGCUAAUACUUGUAUAGAAUAGCAUUUAUGUAGACUAGUAACCAAGUGGUUUCAGUGCCAAAUACAGUGUAUUAUAUCAGGAUUAUGCAAAAAGUAUCACAAGGAUUGUCCUGGCUAUAGACUAGGACUCCUGUGAACAUAGGUACUUUUGAUUUUUUUUUUUUAAUGACUCUUUUUAGGUAGAGAAAAGAUGAGGAAACAGGGACAACAGGAGGGAAUGAACGCAGAGAAAUACAGUUUCCCUGUCCCCGUCUUGAGAUGACAUUGUUCUCCAUACGCUCAUCGCUCAUUAAAUAUGAGAGGGUUGAUUUGCUGAGAGAGUAGCCGAGAGACCAAAAAUGUCCUUGCAAAUGAUUCAAAAGACGCAGCCGAGCUUAGCUGACAGAAUGAUUUGGAGGAUGAAAAUGACGCAUUUCACCUCAGCAGCCCUUUGCAGGUCUUUGCCAGUGCUCGGUCCCAUGGUAAGUUCACAUUAAAUGGGGCCAUCCUGGGCAGAAGCCUCUCUGUUGCUCUCUGCUGCCCUUUGGGCAACACCAAUCCUCAGAGCCAAGACAAUGGCCACAUGCCACUUCUAUCAACACUUCUGUUGUUUCCUCGUGUGCUUUUCAGUUCUAUGUAUGUCAGGUUUUGUUGAGCGAAUGAUGGAAAGAAGUGCCCACUCAAAGAAAAAUAAACAGAUGCAAGUGUUAAAAUUGUAAUACGGAUGGUUUCCCCCCUGUUGUGAUACAGAAGUUCCACUUUUAAAUAAAAAGGGACACUUGAUUAUCAGGAUGCUUCAGGGAAUGACAUAAUUUAUUUAGUUUUCUGGUAAAUGGAGGGUUAAAUCGAUUUAUUUUAGUCCUUACUAAUAAGAAACUUGGCCCCCUUCCUUGCUCGCCUGCCUCUCCAUGAAAGAGAUUUUUCCAUGCCCACAAGAGGUGUGUGUAGAAAAGUCAGUGUUUCCUCUGGAGAGGAGAGGGGGGCAUCCCCUCUCCUCUCUUCUUCUCCCUUCCUCCCCCUUUUUUCUUAACUGAACCCCAGCCCCACUUUCUAUUGUCUCUCCUCUUUUUUCUGAGAGUGGGAAACAAAAACAAAAAAGUUAUCCUCAAUUUGGAAACCUAAUUGGAUGAUUUCCAGUGUAAUCAGCAUUUUGAUAGAAUCACGUAACUUAUUGUUCUCUUCGGUCUUAAUGUUCUCUGCUUCCAUUUCCUGUACUUCUUUACCCUCAGCUUCCUAAUUCUAGUGGAAAUACAAAGUGUAAUUUCUCCCAUAUUGAGAAAUUUGUCAUCUAAGAUUCACGGAUAGAGAAGAGAAUGACAAAGGAGCAAUUCAAACUUGUCACACAAAUUUCUGGCCAAUUUCACUGGUUCUAGUCAACUGAAAGGUUUCACCCAGCAGCUGAACAUUGAAGAAUUCAACUGAACUCACUCAUCACUGGUGUAUAUGUAUUCCAGAAGUUAAUUAACAUCUGGAAAAAACAAACACAUUUCAAUUCCAUCCAAGGUUCUAGGUAAAUGGACUAUUGAAAAUGGCCACAAUUUGCUGAAAUCAGCAUUAAAAACAUGCAAGCUAGAAAUAAUAAAUAUUAUUUUUAAUUCUGCAGAAUUCUAGAAAAAAGCGAGGAAAUUUAAAGAGUCUUAAAAUGAAUGUUUGAGUUCUUUCUAAGUUAGCCUACUGAUUAAGUAGUAAUGAUUUAUAUGUUAUGAUGAUAAUGUGAAUUAGAAAACUUCUAGACUGUAUCUUACCUUGCUAUGAAACCUAUCAAAGAAAAACCAGUUUGGCAGGAUGUUUGUAUAUAUGCACAUAGAGUCAAUUUGUGUGUGUGUGUGUGUGUGUGUGUGUAAAAGCAUACCUGUAAUCCUAUAUUUUUCAGUGAUGUGUAUGAACCACAGAAAACCCAUUUUAGACUUCAGUGAAAUUUGUUGGUUCACAUUUUGAAUCCUGAUGAAAAAAUAAAGCAAAAAUCCAAAUUAUACAUACCAAUUGUAAAGAGUACAUGAGAUAAUGUUCAAUGGCUAGCCCAUAGAAUAAAGCUGGAGAAGCUGCUACAUCUAGAACUGAGAACACGGAUGCCACAGUUGUCACAAAUCAGACGUAGAAGGAUAGCAAUCUGUAUUGUAGGCUCUGACGAUCGCAGUUCAGCUGAAGUCACAUUGAAAAAGACGACAUCAAGCUGCAUUCACACUGAAGUGAAUGAACAUUGGUCCCCUUAUUCAAAUAAGCUUGAAUUUGGCAUAAGCAAAACUCAGAUUUGCAUGAUUUUUUAUUAUAUGGUUAGAGAACUGUGACCAUUGGGAAAAAAGAAAAGUGUAUAAGGAGAUUACUCUUUGAGGAUUUGAAAUGAAUCAGCCGUUGUGGGAGCAAGAGUCUGGAUUGGGGACUUUGCUGACCUUUCCAGAAGUAUAAAGCCAUCAGAAGAGAAUCACUUGUUACUUCCUUAGAAAAAAGACAACACUGAAUACUUCACCUGGUUGUGUUAAUUGGAUGCUAAUUAUAAGCUCAGUUUUCAUUUUAAUAAGCAAGAUAAUAUAACCAGAAGGUUUGCUUUUUUUUUUUUUUAAACAACAUACCCAUCUAGCAUUUAAUGUGGCAUGUCGAAUGCAUAGAACGAACUAUGUUGCCCCACGUCAGGCGAUUGCAUACCUUAGCACAACAAAUGAUUUAAAGUCCCAGAGUCAUGAGGGGGAAAAUGCUUUUCCCCCAACUGCACUUUUAAAAGGCAAGACCUCAUCAUUUUAAUAUUAUUCAUAGAUCCAGUGACUCUUCAGUGCUAGCCUUUGUAAGUAGUCUAGACUUUUAGAGAUGCAAGGAGUUUAGAGACCAGCCAGUCCAACCCCUCCAUCUUGGAGUUGAAGAAACAGACCUAUAGAAGUGAAGUCACUUGCCCACGGCUAUCACACAGACUAAUGGCAGUCCUGAGGCCUCAAAUUCUUAUCUCAUGUCUCCUUCUCUAGUACCGUUUCCACAACUUUUUUUUUUUUUUUAAGCACAGAAUCGUAGCUGAAAAAUGCAUAAAUGACUUAAUGAUUCUAUCCCUGGAAUCCAAGGGCUCCAAUUAGUAGUGUUGAUUCUAUUCAUGAUCAGAGAAAUCCCCAGACUGAGUGCAGAAACAGUCACAUGACUGAAGGAAUAUUUCCAGGUGAUUGUCCCUAUUCUCUGUUAUCUAUGUUUAUUGCUAAGACUGCACCACGUUCUGUUACCACAAAAUUGUAGGACUAAUUCAAGGAAUGUAAAAGUGAGUAUCUUACUUCCUUGUUGUUAAGGAUGAUCAAGCUACUGAUACUCCUCUAAGAACUGUUGAGUAUGGAAGGUGCUUGUCCUAUUGUCCAGUUAUCUCCAGAAACCAAGUGUCCUAAUCCUCAAACCAGUGCGGCUGCCAGUUAGUGAAAUUAUCUGCCCUGGCCAGUGAAAUUCUACCCUUUGUUUCCGACGGGUCUCUGUACCACACAGGAUCUUCAAGGGCAGAUACCCGGGUCUCUGGAAGGUAAGUCACAGCCCUAAGUGUCCCACAGGACUUAAUUAUCAUGCAAGAUUGAAGGAGUUUUUUCUUUACAGUCCACUCAUAUGAUAUUGUUGGAAGAGGAGAAUUUUGAAACUAUAUUCACUGGGCUCUGAAAAUGGUUUCUUUGACUCAGAAAUAGCGUAUUGUUUUGUUGCUUGUUUUUGCAGAACCUUAGAGAAGCCACUAGAGUAAAAUUCCAUGUAAAUUGCUAAAGCAUCAAAUCAAAACUGUCCUUGGGCAUUGUAACUUUGCAAAAAACCUCAUUUAUUUUUUUUUUUAAGUCCUCUACUUUUUUCCCUUUUCAGAACAGGCACAAUUUGUUUAUGGAGUAGAAAAGCUCUUCUUUCUCCAUAGACAUGUUUCCUUUUGUUCAUGCCUUGGAGACUUCAGAAAAAUAGAAACUCACUUUCAUAAAAGUGAAGAACAUUUUGACGAAUAAAUAGCCAGCUUCAUAUGUUCCCAUUUUUGCCGAUACAGUGAGCAGUGUCUCCUGAGAAACUCCAAAGGGACACAAACCAGAGCAUUUCGUGGUUCCUUGUUACCAAAUCUUCAAAGUACUAAUUUCCUUGUGUUUAACUUUGUUGUCAUUGCUACUGAGUAAAUACCCAUUUCUAUUACAUACAGUAUAUUUUAUGCUUCACUCAUUUUUCUGAGUUCACACAAUUUUUGCUGUAGUCUCUCAUUCACUUUAAAAACCUGUAAUCUUCGUCUAUUUAUAGGAGAGACUGCGAACGCACAAUUUGUGCACUUGGUGAGCUUUUUUUCUAGCAUAAUAUUGCUUUAUUUAUAGGCACCAUGCCUUAGAAUAAAGCUUACUAAAUGGCAAAGGGCUACUGGUAUAUUUCAGUUUGGUUUGCUUUUACAAGGUAAGUGAGGAGUUUUGAACAAAGCCAGAGAGUGUCAUUUAAAGAAAAAAAGCAAGGCAGGAGUGGGGGUGGGGGGUAGGGGGAGAUACUCGAUAUACUCAGUAUCCAGGGUACUACCGUGGACAAUGACGAGAGAAAAUGUUGGUCAGCCUCCAGAGUGUGUUUUGUCCACAUUAACUAUCUAAUGCUGAGGCGUAUUUCCUUUCUUGCUGUAUCAGACCUGAUAGCAAGUCGGGUCAGUACAUAAGCUGCUUAAAAUACAGAAGUCUUCAUUCUUUCCUCCCUCCCUCCUUCAUUACUUCCCUCCUUUUCUUCCUCCACUCCUCUUUUUCUCCCUAAUUUUCUUUCUAGAAAACUCAGCACUCUUGAAGUGGAACAUUCUAUGUGGGCAGUUUCUCAUUUUACAAAUCAACUUACAGUACUCUAGCAAAUUCUGUAGGCGACCCCUAUUUGGAUAUGAUCUUAAAAUGAGAGUCUUCUUUGGGAAUAAAGUAAUAUUAACUUAUAUGCCAUGUUUAUUUUAGGGCUGUAUACCUCAUUCAAUCCCCUCACGUACUGCGAGUAUGUAAUGCUACUAUCACCAGGUCACAUAUAAAGAAACAGAAGCACAGAAAGGUUAAGUUGCUUGACCAAGGUGGCACAGCUAGUGAUGAAAUGAGGUUUUUGAACCCAGGCAGUCUGACCCAAAGUCCAUACCUAGCUGGGGCAGGCUAAUAGUUACAACCAACAAUCUCAACAUUUCAGUGACUUAACAGAAUAAGGUUUGUUUAGAUGCUCCUCUCCAACCAGCUUGUCUCUAAGGAUGAUUCAAAGACACAGGCUCUUCCCAUCACUUGGCUUUGCCCUCCUCUGCACCCUCAGAAACCUCUGGCCUGCUCAUGGGGAAAGAGCAUGGAGUGUUCUGCAUUGGAGGUUUCACAUGAAAGUCCAGAAGUGGUGUGCAGACUUCAUCCACGUUCUAUUGGACAGGCUCAGUCACGUGGCCUGGUAGAGGAGGGCAAUGUCUGAUGUGCCCAGGAGAAAAAGGACCAGAGUUUGGUGAACAUGUAGCAGUCUCUGUCAUAAUAUUCUUAGUCAUGGUAAAACAUAGCUUUAAAAAAUUACUCACUUUUGUGCAGCUGUAUGGAUGAAUUAUGUUGAUGAUCCUUCUUAAGAACACUUAAGAAAAAAUGUCUCUUCACAUGGAUGUCCGUACCCACACCCAAGCAAAAUAAACUAGGGAACAAAAUAUUGUUCUAGGUCCUGUAAUGCCAAAAAGAGAGAAAAUGAUUUCCCUUACCCAAAGAAAUAAGACAGAAAUUAGAAUGCUAGCAACACUUUUAAGUGACUGAAUUCUACCAACAGUAGAAGUAGUGUGACUUUUAAUGUCUUAGUGAACUCUGGUUAACAUAAGAUAGAUCCGUUCUUGCCUCUGAUCAACUAGUUUUGUGUGUGUGCUGCUUUCCUUUGUAAGAUGUCAGAAAGAUCAACUUCCCUUUGGUCUUCUGAUCUAUGCAUUGUUGUGAUUGUUGUUGUUUUUUUUUUUAAGUAAAAAAUGAAACUGAUGGUUCUCAUAUCUGAAAAUAACAAAUAUCUCUUAUGCACGCCCCUCCCUUUCUCUAUGCACAUUGGCGUAUGAGCUUGUUCAGGGAAAGGUGUUCUAAUAUGUCCAUAUUCCCCUUAUCCAGCACAUGGUAUAUUCCCAUGGAGAGAGGACCUUCAGAAUUUUUCUCUUCAGCUCCCAACAUUUUUCUUCCUUUCUCAAUACUUUCUGUUUUUGUACAUUAUUUUCUUGAAGCCAUCUAGAAAUACUUUUCCCUUAAUGCGAACAGAAUUCCACAUCCUAAAGUUCCUCCUCACCUAAUAGGAAAGUAUUUGCUGUCUUGGGAAAAAUACUUUGUAUGUUAGCAUAUAAAUUUUCUUAGUUUGUCCAUUGAGAGAGAUUAGUUGAGACUCUAAAAACAAAAUGAUUAGAGAAGAGAAGCUGCCAGUGUUUACCUUCUUCCAGAUCAAUGUGGAAUUCCUUUUAAGGAUAAGAAACUACAACACCUGGUUGGUAAAUCACAUAGCUUUGAAUUUCUGUGUAAGGCUUGUAACAGGUGAUAAUAUCUGAAGGUGCUUUAGAGGAUUAAAUGGAGGUUCUUACUACCCCUUAGCCCAUGGCUAAAGGUGCUGAAGAACACGUGUCUACACACACUGGCAGCAUCUUACACCACCAUGCAUUGUUAAGAGUUCUUGCAUCUAUUGUGGGUAACAUUUUGCAAACAUACUAUUUUCUAUGCUUAUGAAGUCACUUAAAAAUCUAUGUAGUCUUCCAAAAUAAUUUUCCUCCUCAUGCCUAAAUUUCCAUAGAAGUAUAACAGAUACAAAGCAAUUCACUUAGAAUGGUUUUCCAUCUUUAGUGGCAGUUUUACUUCAACUUAAAAUGGUUUGUCCCACACAUCUUUUGGUGACACUGAUUAUAAUGGGUUUCAUCCCUAGUUAAAAAAAAAAAAAGAUAUACUCUAUAAUCUUUGAUAGAUAAAGGGGCAUUAAUGUUGAAUGAGGACAUUAAUGUCAUGCAAAUGGAUCUGUGGAUCAUAAGGGGCUGUGAGUGGCUGUUCAAUAUGGAACAAUAUAAAAAGGGGAAAAAAGCAUUCAACAGCACAAACAUAUGGGUUCAAUAAAACUAAAUGAAAUUUGACAGGAAUAAAUGUUAAGCAGGGCAUUUAGGUUCGAAAAAGACAAGAGCAUGACUUAACAGCAGUACUCCUGAAAAAUAUUUGGAGGUUUUAGAACACUCUAAUGUGCUACAUAGCAAUUUAAAAGGUCGCCGUGACCUAAGAUGCAUGGAAGAGUCUAAGGCGAGGUAGCAAGAUUCAGAAUUGAUCAGACCACUUCUGGAAGUGUUUUCAAAACUUGUUUUUUCUCCUUAAUAAGAAAUUGCAAGCACUUUUCCAAUGUCACUUAAUUAUCCUACAACAUUUUUCAAUAGAUAUAUUGUGCCAUAAUAUAUUUAACUGUUAUUCUCUCCUUUUUCACUAUAUGAUGAAUAGGCUUGUUCAUCAGUUUUUGAAAACUCUGAUUUUAUUCUCUUUUAUUAUCCAGUGUACAGAGGUGCCUGCUUCCCAGCACCCUUGCCAAAAAUUGGUAUUAUUUUUUUAUCUUUGCCAAUUUUACAUAUGCUAAAAAUGUUUCUUGUUUCAAUUAGCAUCUAGCUGAUUACUAUGGAAAUUAAACACUUUUACAUAUUUCUUGGAAAUUUAUAUUUCUUCUUUCAUGAAUUAGUUCUUCCAAUAUUUCGCCCAUUUUUUAUUGCAGUGGAAGUCACAAUACCUUAAAGAUACAGACAAAUGAGAAUUCAUUCAAAAGAAAGGAAACAAGUGAAGAGCAACCAGGAUCAUGGGAGAACUGGAAGUUACAUUGCACCAGAGAUUAGAAAUGUUUAGCUAGUUUGAUAGAAGGUUUUAGGAAGAACUAAAUUCAAAUAUUUGAAAGGCAUUAAUGCAGGUACAAAAUGAGUUUCAAAUUCGGUGUCUCCAUUGGACAGAACUACAGCCAAUGUGUGAAAUUUCAGAUUUUAUCUCACGACAUUGAGAAAGAUCCAAAAUCAGAGUGUAGGUUUUUAGAAUGAGUAAAUUUGUGGGAAAUAUUCACAGACAGAUCAGACCACCUACUUGUUCAGCGUUUCAUGUAACUAGAUAUAAAGUUGGAUUCCUUGGUCCCCAAGGUCCCCUCCAAAGCACAUGUUCUUGAAAUGGGAUGCAACUCCAUGUGGGAAAGCAAGAUUUGACACGGAAGCUCUGAAAAAAUCAGCCUAAAAUGGUUGAGUUUGGGGGCUCCUUGCCUUAGUAACAGCAUAUUCAGAUACCAUCUCUUAUUUCUCAUGAUAGCAAAUUUCACCAAGUUCACGUUCAGAGCUGGUUCCCAAAUGUUGGGAGUACAUUCCGUAACUGGUAGGUGCACACAUGUACACGCCGCAACCACCAACCCCAACUCUACUACUGCUGAUUGCUGACUUCAUCCUUGAAAUGCUUCACAAGGAGCUAUAACUUCUUUGCUUCCCAGUGGGGGAAGUUUGUUCAUGUUUCACACAUCCGUAUUUUUAUAUACUUGCUAUUGUGCUAUGUCUUUGAAAUCUAAUGACUCAAGAAAAUUACUUUUGAUAUCAUAGCAUUCCUCAUGUUGGUAAUUUAUGAUAAUAGAUGUCACUAUAGAUUUAAGAGUCAUUUAUAUUGUCCACCUUUUCCUAUUUCUGCUAGAUUAAAUAAAUUCUUCAUAAUGAGUUUUGCUGCAUUUUUCAGGUUUCUAGUCUGUAUCACUCACUUUCAGUAUAUUUAUAAUCCUUUUAUCUGGUCUUUGUAUUUUCAAAAAUGGUGCCUUGGAUAUUUUACGUUUUGAGCAAUCAAUGCCCUUUUCAAAUUGCCCUCUUAAGGUUUUUGUAAAAUAAUAUUCCCUAUAAUACAACUUUAAAUUACCUGUCUUUUCCUUUACUAGACUUAAUCCGAGAAGACUAAUUGAACAUUAAGCAUUUUAAUCAUCCCACACUGUCAAACCUGUCUUCUCAUUACUGAAAAUUGGAUAGGCCAUGAGCUUAAUUGUGUUCCUGGCAAUGUAAGUAGACUGGAAGCUUGCUAAUAUGAUUAGUAUAUAACUAUGGAAUUAGUCCUGGUUUUUAUUAAUAUCUAUACAAAAAUAUUAUUUUAACAAAUAUAUAUGGAAUAUAACCAAAUUCAUGAUACUUCAUUAGUGCUUUGGAGAGUACAGAGAGGGGUAGGCUAUAGUGCUCAUCUUUAUAGAGUUUACAAAAAAAAAAAUUAGAAAACUAAAUCAAAGUUCCAAAUAACUACAAGAUAACCCACAACAAGUUAAUGGCCACAAAAAUGAUGCAAAUGAAAAUGUGUAUGAUACUGAAGUAAAAGAAUUCUAAGGAAAUGAUUCAAAUAUAAAAAUUGUCAUUAUAUGUGCAAGUAACGUUCAAAUAUACCUAUAGGGCGAUUCAAACUCUCAGGAUGGCACAGCACACGGUGGAUCUCAGGAAGUGCAUCUUGAAUUUCUAUUAACAAUGCCUUAUAGAAAUUAUUAACACAGGAGACAGCCACCAAGUCAUAAAGACGCUUUCAUCAAACGCAAGAUGAAGCUUUCUGACAGCGGUGUCUUGUAGAAGAAGAGCAAUGUUUGAAAAUGUGGGAGUUAUUUUUGAAAAGUGAAAUGAAAAUGUCCAUGGUAUAGUAAAAUGCUAAAAACUCUUCUCCUGUCUGCUCUGAAAUCUGCUAGGGGACCCCAGGGUUCAGUCAAGUCUCUGGUACUAUUUUUAAAUGUAUUCAUUGAACAAACAGUACCUUUCAAAGACAUUUCAAAGUAAGCUGUGAAUUCAAAUAGCAUAGG